CUUGUUGCCCCUUAACCCCUCCUUCCGUCUUCGACUCGUCUCUUCAAUCGGAGGAGUCGGUACUCGAUUCUCUGCCGCCGAAAGUUGAGCGGGGGAGAGAAUCAAGAUGGCGGACAAGACGCCAGGCGGUUCGCAGAAGGCCAGUGGGAAGACCAGGAUGCCAGACACAACACGUACCCCUGGGUCUCCAGAAAAUCAUCCAUUGCUAGAAAGCAAACUUAAAGCUUUCAGUAUUGGCAAGAUGAGUGCUGCCAAGAGAACCUUAAGCAAAAAGGAGCAGGAGGAACUGAAAAAGAAGGAAGAUGAGAAGGCAGCUGCAGAAAUUUAUGAAGAAUUCCUUGCUGCUUUUGAAGGAAGUGAUGGGAAUAAAGUAAAGACAUUUGUCAGAGGUGGUAUUGUUAAUGCAUCUAAAGAAGAACAUGAAACUGAUGAAAAACGAGGAAAAAUCUACAAGCCUUCAUCACGAUUUGCAGAUCAAAAAACCCAGCAAAGUCAGUCGUCAUCGUCGUCAUCAUCAUCAUCGUCUUCUAAUGAGAGACCUCCCUCCCUUCUAGUGAUAGAAACAAAAAAGCCACCUUUGAAGAAGGGGGAAAAAGAAAAGAAAAAGAGCAAUUUGGAGCUUUUUAAAGAAGAAUUAAAACAAAUUCAAGAAGAACGUGAUGAAAGGCAUAAAACCAAAGGCAGAUUAAGUCGUUUUGAGCCGCCUCAGUCAGAUUCAGAUGGACAGCGUCGUUCCAUGGAUGCCCCUUCAAGAAGAAACAGAUCUUCAGGUGUACUGGAUGACUAUGCUCCAGGUUCACAUGAUGUAGGAGAUCCAAGCACAACAAAUUUGUACCUUGGAAACAUUAAUCCCCAGAUGAACGAAGAGAUGUUAUGCCAGGAAUUUGGGCGCUUUGGACCUCUAGCGAGUGUCAAAAUUAUGUGGCCAAGAACUGAUGAAGAAAGAGCAAGAGAAAGGAAUUGUGGAUUUGUUGCCUUCAUGAAUAGGAGAGAUGCUGAACGUGCACUAAAGAAUUUGAACGGCAAGAUGAUCAUGUCUUUUGAGAUGAAACUCGGCUGGGGCAAAGCUGUUCCUAUUCCUCCACAUCCUAUAUACAUUCCUCCUUCUAUGAUGGAGCAUACUCUCCCACCACCUCCAUCGGGACUGCCUUUUAAUGCUCAGCCCAGAGAGAGAUUGAAGAACCCUAAUGCUCCAAUGUUGCCACCGCCAAAAAACAAGGAGGAUUUUGAGAAGACUCUGUCGCAAGCCAUAGUCAAAGUGGUUAUCCCAACAGAAAGGAAUUUGCUUGCGCUGAUACAUCGAAUGAUAGAGUUUGUGGUGCGUGAAGGACCUAUGUUUGAAGCCAUGAUUAUGAACCGAGAAAUCAAUAAUCCAAUGUUCAGGUUUUUAUUUGAGAAUCAGACUCCAGCACAUGUCUACUACAGGUGGAAGCUUUAUUCAAUCCUGCAGGGCGAUGCGCCAACGAAAUGGAGAACUGAAGAUUUUCGUAUGUUUAAAAAUGGGUCUUUCUGGAGGCCACCUCCUUUAAAUCCGUAUCUUCAUGGGAUGUCAGAAGAACAAGAGCCUGAAGCAUUUGUUGAGGAGCCUAGCAAGAAGGGUGCACUUAAGGAAGAACAGAGGGACAAAUUAGAGGAAAUCCUGCGUGGCUUAACACCGCGUAAGAAUGAUAUUGGAGAUGCAAUGGUUUUCUGUCUUAAUAAUGCUGAAGCUGCUGAAGAAAUUGUAGAUUGCGUCACAGAGUCACUGUCAAUCUUGAAGACUCCGCUUCCGAAAAAGAUUGCAAGAUUAUAUUUGGUUUCUGAUGUGUUAUACAAUUCUUCUGCUAAAGUUGCCAAUGCGUCAUAUUACAGAAAGUUUUUUGAAACAAAACUAUGUCAGAUAUUUUCUGAUUUGAAUGCUACCUACCGAACAAUACAAGGCCAUUUACAGUCUGAAAACUUUAAGCAACGGGUAAUGACAUGCUUCAGAGCAUGGGAAGACUGGGCGAUUUAUCCAGAACCAUUUUUGAUCAAACUGCAGAAUAUUUUCUUGGGGCUUGUAAAUAUUAUAGAAGAAAAAGAAGCAGAGGAAGUGCCAGAUGAUCUUGACGGAGCUCCCAUUGAGGAAGAACUAGAUGGUGCUCCACUAGAGGAUGUGGAUGGGAUUCCUAUUGAUGUUGCUCCUAUAGAUGACAUUGAUGGAGUGCCCAUCAAGUCACUUGAUGAUGAUCUCGAUGGUGUACCUUUGGAUACAACUGAAGAAUCUAAAAAGAAUGAACCGAUCUUCAAAGUGGCCCCUUCAAAAUGGGAAGCAGUGGAUGAAUCUGCCCUUGAAGCUCAAGCGGUAACAACAUCUAAAUGGGAACUGUUUGACCAGCAUGAGGAAUCAGAAGAGGAAGAAAAUCAGAACCAAGAGGAAGAAAGUGAAGAUGAGGAGGAUACUCAGAGUUCUAAAUCAGAGGAGCAUCAUAUGUAUUCCAAUCCGAUCAGAGAAGAAAUGCCUGAUUCAAAGUCUUCAAUCAAGUACUCAGAAAUGAGUGAGGAAAAGCGUGCCAAACUCCGAGAGAUUGAACUGAAGGUCAUGAAAUUUCAGGAUGAAUUGGAAUCUGGAAAAAGGCCCAAGAAGCUAGGACAGAGUUUUCAGGAACAGAUUGAACACUACAGAGAUAAGCUGCUGCAGAGAGAAAAAGAAAAGGAGCAGGAAAGGGAGAGAGAAAGAGAUAAGAAGGAUAAAGAAAAAUCUGAAUCCAGAUCUAAAGAGAAGAAGGAAAAAGAAGAAAGUACACCAACAAGAAAAGAGAGGAAAAGGCGGCACAGUACAUCACCCAGUCCAUCCCGCAGCAGUGGAAGUAGACGAGCAAAAUCACCAUCACCAAAAUCAGAACGCUCAGAGCGAUCGGAAAGAUCCCACAAAGAAAGUUCACGUUCUCGGUCCUCUCACAAAGAUUCGCCCAGAGAUGCCAGUAAAAAAGCCAAAAGAUCACCAUCUGGCUCAAGGACACCCAAAAGAUCAAGGAGGUCACGAUCCAGGUCACCUAAAAAGUCAGGGAAAAAAUCCAGGUCUCAGUCCCGCUCUCCACACAGAUCCCACAAGAAGUCAAAGAAGAGUAAACACUGACAAACUGUUAAUUUUUAUGCUGUCAUUUACUGGAAAUGCGGUUUUGUUUUUGUGCCUGAACAGUCUGUUUUAAAAACAAAACAUAAAGAGCAUUCCUAAAUUUUUUUGUGAAUGCACGUGUAUACUCAUGAGUAACUGCGUCGGUAGACCUGUCAUUGUUUUAUAUUGUACAAAAUACCUUCAUUGUGGCUACUUCCCAUGAUGAAAUUUUGUGUUUAGAAACUUCAUCCAAAAUGUGUGUAACUGAUCUGCUGGCAGUAGUGGUAUUUUGUUUUAGAAUGUUGUGACUUCGCAAAACCAACAACACAGUUGUUCUUUCCCCCCCUUCCCUUUUUUGUAGCUUUGACAAUUUGAAUUAGAUUUCAAAUAAAAUCUGAAAGAAAAUAUACAAAAAUUGUUUUCUUUCCCUUCCUACAUUGAUUAUUCAACCCAUAACUUGGCACCCCUACGUUUUUCAGAUCCUUUAACAGGAUUCUUCAAUAUGGUGGUCAGGCUGAAGAUUCAGGUAUGAUGAUUUUCAUCUCACUAAUAUUGGUGUUUGACAAAGUUUUAUUUAAUACAAAGAACAUUUAUCGUACACAAUUAUGUGCUUUAAAAGUACAUUGUGGGUUAUAGCAUGAAUCUCCAGUCAUAGCCUACAAGUGCUGCAGGAAACCUCGUUCUUUGCCAGCCUUAUUCUCCCCGUAAUAACUUGGUAAUCAGGAUCCAUUGACGAUAUUCUCUCUGUGCAGGGCAGUUGUGCUUGUUCCAUAUCCACAGCACCAACUGGCGGUGACUUACUUGCUGGAGAACUGAUGAGCAUUUUAGCUUCUUCCAGUAUGUUUGGUGCUAUAGAUUCUUAGUUGAAGAAAUUCAUUAAGAAGGCAAAGGAGGAAUUUGUCAUUAAGCCCUCCUCCUACAAAUUUAGGUUCUUCUUUCCUGUCUACUUGCUGUUAACUUCUUUCCUUUCUCUUGAGUCACAUAACUCUCCUGAGCCAUUCAGAACAGCAGCAUCGUAUGAUUGAUUAGAUAAUUUAAACCAAGCAAAUAGAGCAAUUUUAAUACAUAUUUCUGUAAAUAAAAAUUACUAUUGUAUAAACUUGGCAGUAAUUCUCUCUCUGCAUCUAAAAUAGGAAAUGUGAAGUUCACAUCUGAAACACUCUGCUCCCUUUCAUAGGAAUGGUUGCAAGCAUUAUUCCUAAUUGACUGGAGCCUUCUCAAACUGUAGUUAAAAGAUAAAUCUUCUGGAGAUGUGUUAGGCUAAAUGAUAAUUUUAGCCACAGUAUUAGUUUGCACAUUGUUCUCAUGCAAGCAAUGAAAGGAAAGCAUAAAACUGUACAGAAGCAUUUUCCUGAGCAAAAAAUGCUAGAAUGAUCACAACUUUAAAAUACAUAAUGGAUUGUCUUUCUAAAGUGGAUUUUAUUCCAGAAGGUGACCUUGUAAAUUCAUUUUUGUAUUGAGUUCAUCUAUUGGCUGUGAAAAUGGUUGAAAUAGUGGAAGAAAUUAGAUUUUUAUUACUUGUAUGUUUUUCUAAUAUGCUUGUAUUCUCCCCACCCCCUUUUCCAGUUUUGGAUGCCCUCUUGUUUUAAGCCUGCUUUUCUCUUUUGGCAUUGAUACAACAUUGCACCUCCUCUGGGUCACUUAACAUUUUUUUCCAUGAAAGAAAAAGAGAAAGUUCAUUUGUUUCUUGGAGGAGCAGGCAGAUUGUAAUAAAAAUGUAAAGUUUAAAGGGA